CGAUUAUUCGCGCACGACGGAUUGCCAGAGUAGAGAAAGACGCCAUUACCCAAGGAAGAAUGUAAGGCUGCAGACAUAUAAGGAAACGUGAUGUAGUUCCCGAGGCGUCGUCCAGAAAGUACAGCUGUUGAGUACGAGAUGAAGUGGCUGCGUACCAAAGUUCGCUUGGUUGUUCUAGUCCUUGUGGCUUUAUCGACAGCAACCUGGAUAUUUUCCUCGGUAGAACUUCACUGGCUAGCUAGAAGCACGACCAAAACAACGAUGUACAAGUCUCAAGGAAAUUGCUCGUAUCUGUACAGUCGACAAAACGAAACUACAAGACGAUUUCAUUUGUGUAAGACUUUUGUCGGUCGUUUGGGCAACCAUAUGUUCCAGUACGCCUCUCUGUAUGGGAUUGCAAGGUCGAAGGCCAUGAUGCCGAUGAUUGAGGCCGAUGACGUCAUCAAUGACAUUUUUGACAUCUGGGCUUUCAAGACAAAGCGCAAACCGGCCUGUGCCGGGAUGAAACGUCAUUCGGAAACAAGGGGGUCUGCCUUCGAUAGAGACACUGUGUCCUUUCCCAACGAUAAGGACAUACGUCUUGAGGGAUAUCUGCAGUCUUUCCUCUACUUUAACCGGUACGAACAUGAGCUGAGAUGUCAGUUCCAGUUUUCACCAGACGUUAUAGAGAAAGCUAAGCAGGUACUACAUAAUCAGGUGAAAGCGUUGCCUAAGGCAGUUUCCACCGGUGCAACUCUUGUUGCUGUCCACGUAAGGAGAGGGGACAGACUGGCUGCCCAUUCCAUAGCGCUAGGGCAGACGUUCGCUUCAAAAGAGUACAUCAGGAAAGCCCAAGACUACUUCAAACAAAAGUAUAAUCGAGUGGUUUUUGUCGUAUGCUCGGAUUCUAUAGAGUGGUGCGCUGAAAACAUCCCAGGGGUCGACACUAUCUUCAUACAAGGCCAAAGCGCUGUGGAGGAUUUGGCUGUGAUGUCGCAGUGCCAGCACGCCAUCUUGACCGUGGGGACGUUCGGCUGGUGGAUGGCCUGGCUAGUGAAUGGUGACACCGUCUAUUACGGCCGAAGGUUUGAGCCAAACUCCAAACUGGCCAGUCAGUGGAAUAUGUCGCAUCAUUAUCCUCCAAACUGGAUACCCAUGGUGUAGCUCAGCUUUCAUUUAAACUGUUUAAUUGUGGUUUAUUUUUAUUAUUUUUUUUUCACCAUUUCUUUUCAGACUGUAUGCCGAUGAAAUAAUAUACAUCUUAAUAUAUUCUGAUUUUUAAAUACAUUGUUGUCUCGGCUUGCAGAAUUUUAAAAAAAAUUGACAAUUUGGACUCUCAAACGACUUUGAUUGAACGGUAUACGGUCUGAGCAACAGUUUUGUGCAAUUUUCAUUCGACUGUAGUUGCAAUCGAUGAGCUUAUACGACAAAUGGCAAAUCAUGAACAAGUCUUAUUUUUCUGAUUGGUGUUUAACGACGUACCACAGGAUUUUCCAUUUUGAUGACAGUGAUCAGAUUUAUGAGUUGAGACAACAGGAUUGUCCGGAGUAAACCACCGAUACUUAAGUACAUACUCCCUGGAAAACCUCCUAACUUCGUUAAAGUAAAAGAAAGCUAAAAAUAUGAAGACUGUUGAAAGGCAUUCAAAUAUUUGUAUUUUAUGGUGGGCUUUAUGAGAAAUACUGACAGUAUAUAGGAACUCUGACCUCAUAUUCCAUUUUUUCUGAUGUUCUCAAGAAGGGAGGACUUUUGGGGAACAUUAUUUCAGUAAUCUUUUACUCGUAAGUAAAAAGAGUUUUGCAACAUUCAGUGUCGUGAUUAGAGUUCGAAAAACGUCCUGUGACGUCAAAAAUAAGGCAUUAUAAUGUUCUAAACAAGGUUGUGAUGCUUGUCUAAUAAA